AUGACCAUGGAUGCCGCGCGGUCCCUGGCGGUGCAGCUCGUGCUGAGCCCAACGCAUCGAGUUGUCCGGGUGCACCAAGUGCAUCAUCUGCAGGACGACGCAGGGCCGGGGAAGAUCCUGAAGCCGCACCUCUCGCCAAAGGCCUUCGGUAAGAUGCAGAGCAUCAAGAGCUUGGCGGUCGUCAGUAAUCCAGACGCUACUCGCCAGCGGCCCAUGACUGAGCUGAGGGCUUCUGCACCGCGCGCUGUGCGUCCGGUGGAGACCGCCGCAGAGGUCAUCAAUUUCUGUGACGGCCUUCUCCGUCGGCGCAACCUCAACAAUGCCAACCUCAAGGAAGCUGAGUUGGCCCAGAAGGAGACGGAGGCCCAGGAGCAGACGGAGGCCCAUGAGCCGGCAGGAUGGAGGCCCGCCGAAAAGCCGGCUGAGGCCCAGGAGGAGACGGAGGCCGAGGAGGAGACGGAGGCCCAGGAGCAGACGGAGGCCCAUGAGCCGGCAGAGACGGAGGCCCACGAGCCGGCCGAAAAGCCGGCUGAGGCCCAGGAGGAGACGGAGGCCCAGGAGGAGACGGAGGCCCAGAUGGAGAUGGAGACGGAGACACCGGAGACGGAGGAGCCGGCGGAGCAGAUGGAGACGGAGGUCAAGGUGGAGGAGAAGGAGGUGGAGGAGGUAGAGGAGAAGGUAGAGCUUCCGACACCCGCCCAACUGGGGCACUACACGCAGUUUAAGGCGCCUGCCAAAAAGCGCAAAGGCAAUGAGGGCGCCGUGGAUUCCGCUCGGGCAGAGUUCAUGAAGCAGCUGCCGCCGGAGAUUCGCAAGAUCGCCUGCGUGCUCUUCCACAAGCCCGAGGCCCGCUGGCACAGCGUGGCGAAGGAGCUGAUGAUUGCCCUGGGCUUUGGGGGUGGUUUUGCAAACUGGACGAGCAAGGUGCUGCAGGACAUACCCUUGGCUUCGGAUGAGGGGGAGCGCGGCGAGGUGGCUGCUUGGCUCUACGGCUUCGAGACGGCGGCGCGUCUCUACCACGUGGCCGUUUUUGAGCUGCUGCCACAGAAGGCCAAGGACUGGCACACGGAGCAGGGCCGCUCCACUGCCUCGGGGGCCUUGCAGAUGGAGAAGAUGGCGGCGGCAGCGGGCAGGGUCUUUAACAACCACCAGCACGACGGCAUCGGGGCCCUCAUACUUGGACGGGCAAGGGCAAACACCGUGGACUUUGCAAAGCUGGCGGCGGCGCAGACCACCUACGAAAGCUUCGAGAAGGGAGGCUUCUGGCUGGUGCAAAACCGGGACGACUUGGGCCAGACCGUGGAAGACUUGAUGUGCAAGAUGUGCGUCUGGCAGGCCCGCAGAUGGCGGACCUUGACGGCGACGAUCCUCUUUUGCGACGGCAUGCUCUACGAUUUCAAGGCGACCAAGCUCUUCGAGCACAUCCUGGCUUUCUUGAAGGAGCAUCUGGAGACGGGGGUGUGUCUGCUCAAGGCCAGCGAGAAUGGCAAACAGGUCAUCGAGUGCUUCGAGAAAUUGGAGCAGGACGGGUGCGAGAUCCUCCGCCACAUGAAGGUGUACGGGGACUGGGACUCCGUCCUUUACGAGCUGCGUCUGAUGACCAGGGCCAUCUCCGCGACGCCGCGGUUCUGCGAGAUGUACUACAUCUGGGGAAGCCAGGAUUCCGGGAAGGACACCAAGGUGAAGAUGUUGCACGCCUUCCUCGGUCACGGCAAGGACAACUACGGGGUGCAGCUUCCGGGAAACUAUGUGGUGCAACAGACUCGCUACCUGACCGCGAAGGACGGACCCGCGCCUUACCAUGCAAGGACUCUAGGCAAGCGGCUGGCCUGGGCCAGGGAAGUCCCCGAGCACUACUCGUUGGCGGAUGACUUCAUCAAGCCCUUUUGUGACAUGGAAGGUGCGCCAGUCUGCAGCAGGAAGCUCAACAAGGGUCCCCGGGACUUCAUGCCUACGGCUUUGCUGGUGGCAACAAGCAAUCACCCUCCCCGUGUGACUCGACCGGAUGGGAUGCUGCGGCGGCUUCGAGUCUGCCAGAUAACGGUCAGCUUCACCUUGAAGCCGUCCAUGGCCACCGAGGAGCGAGCCGUGGAUGGCCUCAAGACCCGGAUAAACCGAGGAGAGUUCAACAAGUACAUCUUCUUCCUUGCGGCAAAUCUCGUGGACUCGUUGGAGAUGGAGUACAACCCAGGCACCGAGAUCAAGCCGCAGCCCCCGGAGAUGAAGAUGAGCGCCAUGGACCUGGUCCCAUGUGCAGACAAGGACGAGGAGGCCAAACCCGAGGCCUUCAUGACAGAGAUGUGUGAGCUGGUGCCCUUGAAGGAAGCAAGCCUCCACACGGAGCUGACGAUGGCGCUGAAGACCUACCUCAGCGACACCUUGGGCGCGGCAAAGAGCGUGAUCUCGAAGUUGGGGAUCAAAGGACAAUCCUAUGGCCCGCGGUACAUCUCCACCCUCAAGCAAAAUGAGCGCAUGGUGGGUGUGAAGCUCCGAUCGGCAAGUAGCUCUUAG